AUGCUAAGCCGGCUAUCACGACAUGCAUUACGGCGGACGUUGGCGACUUUGGAAUCUAUCGCGGAAGACUUCCAAAAAGUUACGCGUGUGCCACUGUGCAUUCCUUUGGAAGGAAAAUUUGCUGCUGCAAAAUCGCAAACCUGGAUGAAUUAUGUGCCUUUCGAUUCAAAAAUGACAACAUUGAAAUCGAAAAUACGUGUUGCAUCAGAACCUCACUACGGGGAUUACUGCACUGUCGGUGUGGCGAUUGAAAGUGGAAGUCGUUUUGAGUCCGGAUAUCCGUUCGGCAUAACGCAUCUUGUGGAGAAACUGGCGUUUGGAUCAACAUCACGGCAUUCAUCGCGAGAUGAGAUUCACGCGGUACUACAGCAGUAUGGAGGUCUGAUUGAUUGUCAGAGCACUAGGGACACAUUCAUAUAUGCAGCAAGUUGCCAUGUGACGGGUCUUGAAGCGGUCAUGGAAAUUAUCGCCAACGCUAUCUGGAGAGCUCAAAAUACACCUGAAGAACUGGAAGAGGCCAAACUGAUAGCGCAAUAUGAAAUUGAUGACAUGCCCAAGAAAAUCGAAAGCACGGAACCGUUGCUUACUGACUGGCUGCAUAUGACCGCUUUCCGGGACAAUACGCUAGGUUUUUCGAAGUUCACCACAAAAGAAGGGCUACGCAAAAUUACUAGGAAACAUAUAAACUCGUACAUAAGUCAAUAUCACGCUCCUGAGCGGAUCGUUGUUGCAGGAGUUGGUGUUAGUCACGAUGAGCUAGUCGCGGCUGUUCAACGACACUUCGAACCAGGGACUGCAAUGUGGGACAAAAAUCCUGAUCUCCUUCUACCGAAUCUACCUCAGAUUGAUUACUCUGUUGCUCAGUACACUGGUGGCGAGAUUAGAAUUCACAAGGACUUGUCAACUUUAUCUAUUGGCACACCGUACCCGAAUCUUGCUCACAUGGCCCUGGGUUUUGAAGGCGCCAAUUACAAAGAUCCAGAUUUUGUUGUGUUCUGUGUGCUUCAUAUGCUUCUCGGAGGAGGAGGGUCAUUCUCUGCCGGUGGCCCUGGAAAAGGUAUGUAUACGCGGUUAUACACUGAUGUCAUGAACAGGUAUCAUUGGAUUUAUGGUGCAACGGCUUAUAAUCAUUCAUAUGCUGACGCUGGAUUGUUUUGUGUACAUGCCAGUAGUGAUCCUGAGCAGAUUAACGACGUCCUUGUUAUUAUCCUUGACCAAUUCUUCAAACUGCUUAAAGGUGUCGAAAAAGAAGAACUGGAAAGGGCCAAAAUCCAGCUCAAAUCUCAGUUAAUGAUGAAUUUCGAGGUACGACCGGUGAUGUUUGAAGAUUUAUCUCGUCAAGUGAUAGGACACGGUUAUCGGCGGAAACCUCAAGAAUACCUAGAAAAAAUAGAAAGUGUGACGGCUGAAGAAAUUGUACGAAUUGCAGAACGUAUGCUAGCUGGACGGCCAUCAUUAGUCGGAUAUGGAGACAUCGGUAAAUUGGCGAGUUACGAAGCACUUGAUGAGGCUGUUGCACGUCGAAAUCUCCAAAGUCUUACCUCACGGAAGAAGGCGUUUGGUUGGUGA